AUGGAAGGAUCGAGACCGCAGUGGACAGCGAAGGCGUCGAUCUUGAUCGUAAUAAUGGCGUCGAUCUUGCUCCGUGGUGUCUCCGCUGCGAACCACACUGUUGGUGGCGUUUCCGGUUGGGAUCUCACUUCAAACAUCCAAGCUUGGGCUUCACAAACUACCUUUCAUGUCGGUGACUAUCUAGUGUUCUCGUACACGCCAGUCCACGAUGUUCUCGAAGUGGAGGAAGAGGACUACAAAUCGUGUGACAUAUCAGAUCCGAUCAGAACAUACAACGACGGAGAGACGGUGAUCCCACUGACACAAGAAGGGCCCAGGUACUUCAUAUGCGGACGACAGGGCCACUGCUCAAUGGGCCUGAAACUGGAGGCCCAUGUCCUGGCUGCAAACGACACCCGCAGAGGCAGAUCACCUGCUACUCCUCCUAACAACUCCCCAUCUCCGCCACCACAAGACGGUGAUGGUGGUGAUGAUGAUGGCUAUGAGCCCAACACUCCUCCGUCGAGCCAUGCGCCGGGCCUCACCAACCAUGCUUCUCCCCUGCACAUGAUCAUGCCGUCGGUUACCACGCUGCUGCUGCUGCCGGUGUUCGUGGUGAUGAUCAACAUCCUUGGUUGUCAUUGA